ACUAAGCACUGCAGCCGGAUCUAGAUAUAACAUCAUUUAAAACCCAUAAAGCCGAAAGCAAAAACUCCCAUCGUUAGGGUUUCAUAUUCGUAUCCAUCGAGGGGAAGAGAGAGGAGAGCCGCCGUAGCGAAGCUCAGAGACAGCAAUGGCUAGAAUCAAGGUCCACGAGUUGAGGCAGAAAACGAAGAUAGAGCUGUUGAACCAGCUCAAGGAUCUCAAGGCCGAACUUGCUCUCCUCCGUGUCGCCAAGGUCACCGGUGGUGCUCCAAACAAGCUUUCCAAGAUAAAGGUUGUGAGGUUGUCGAUCGCGCAGGUUUUGACUGUGAUAUCGCAGAAGCAAAAGUCUGCACUGAGAGAAGCCUAUAAGAACAAGAAGUAUAUGCCACUUGAUCUGCGUCCCAAGAAGACCAGGGCCAUCCGCAGGAGACUUACCAAGCACCAGGCAUCUUUGAAGACUGAACGGGAAAAGAAGAGGGAGAUGUAUUUCCCCAAGAGGAAGUAUGCUAUCAAGGUGUAGGGUGGGGAUCCCAUUAUGUUAGGUCAUGAUGUUAUCUUCAUUAUAUAAUACCCAUUUUGUUAACAAGUUUUGGCUUUGUUUACUCUUUGGUAAUCAUAUGUUUCUGGACCAUUUUUGUGUUCAAUUUUAUUGUCUGUAACUUGGGAGGACAAGCUGAAGUGAAACCAUGUUUUAGCUUUUCUGAGAAUGAUAAUUUAGAUUUCUUAUCAAAUGUUUGAUGGAUGCCUUUCUGUUCCA